GAAAGCAGCAGAUCCGGUCACUGCCUUCCCCAGCCUUUUCGGCUCCUUGCAAAGAGCGAGACUCUUCCAUCGAGUGUUUCACUCCAAGCCCAGCACUUCCCAACUCCUGCAGCUCUGGCGCCCUGAAGGCAGGGACUUGAUGAGGAAACCUAGCUCCCCAUCACUGCCCCAGCAGUGGCUGCUUCGCUCACGAGCCGGGUGCAGGUGGCUCCUGUCUCUGUUAAGGACGUCCCUGUCUGGGCUGCUGGUGCUGUGGAGGCUGAUGUGGGUCAGUGCAGCGCUGGGAUCAUGGCUGGAGAGUGGCAGCGACGCUUGCGAGGGGGAUGGCACGUGCCCGCCUGUUCCUGACCUGGAGCAGCCAGGGGCAGGCCCUGGGGACCUACAGAGGCUGCAGGAUGCCAACACUGCCGUCCUGGAAAGGCUCAUGGAGCUGGAGGCUGAAGUCAAGUACGUCAGCACUGAGCUGCGGGCAGAGAAAUUACUGUGGAGCAGCAGGUACCUGGAGCUGCUGAGGGAGCAGCAGGAGCUCCAUCAACAGUUCCAGGAGUGGGGACGGAGCCAGGGGCCCAAGGCCAAGGACAUGCAGAGCAAAGCCGAGGCUCCCAGUCUGGAUGGAACUGAUGGGUGGUGCAUGGGAGACAGUGGCCUCCAGAUGCCGCCAGCACCUGGCUGCCCAGGGCCCAGCCAUACCCUGGUACCCGGGCAGCCGUGCCAUGUUUCCCACGGGCCAUGCACCUCGGGCACAGAACCAAGGUCCUGCUGCAGUCAGGCGGGACUGGUGUGGGCACCAUCCGGUACCUGGGGGUCUUCCCCGACCAGGCCGAGUUCUCCGUGGGAGUGGAGCUAGAGGCCUCGGGUCAUGGGGCACAUGACAGCAUCCUGGUGGGGCACUGCUGCUUCCCUUGCAAACCUGGCCACAGAGUGCUCGUGCCCUUCCGCAAAGUGCUGAUGGUCUGGGAUUAGGCCCCCGCCUGUGGCAUGGCGCUGAGUGGGAAACAUUCGUGGGGGUGAGAGGAAAUGGCCUUUGCCCAGGGCUGGAACCAUGGGGCACAAGAGGGGCCAGGAGGAAGAGCCCAGCAUGACUGAGCAGCAGCGAGAGCCAGUGCGAAGGGCCUGAGCAGUGUGGAAAGCCAGACGCGUGGCAGGACCCGUUCCACCAGCAGCAAGUUGUCUUGGGACCUCGGGGGCUGUCACUGCCUAAUGGACAACGCCAGGCUGGGGCAGGUUUGCCUUGUGAGUGCCCGGCCAAGCACUGUCUGCAGGUCAGAGGAGCCUGGGCAUAGCCCACUGCCCUCCCGCUAGGCAAGGCUAGAGCUGAGGGGAAGGAUCAGGCUCCCUGCUAGCCAGGUUUCCUCUCAGGGGACUGUCACUGGUCCCUGGGCACGCUGCCUGUGUUCGGCUACUUCCUGGCAGUGGGGGCAGGAGGGAGUUAUUGGGUCUGGAGCCAGCAGAGCCGUUUCCUUGCAAGGGCUUUGCCCAGCCCUGCAGAAGGAAAAGGGGAAGGGCACCAGCCCGUGAAUACCGUCCACGCAGCUGGGAAAGGGGGCUGGGUGUGGCCACAGGCCCAACCCUCCUGGGCUGCAGCCAGCGCUGGAUUCGGGUCAGCCCUCACCCCAGUACCAAGCCCUGGUCUCUUUGCAGUGAGGCUUCUGUGCGCUGUAUGAGCCGAGUCUAUCUACGGCCACCUCCCGGUUCCACGCUCACAGCAUGACCUAGUCACUCCUUUAGUGUUUGCCUGGGCCUGGGGGGCGAUGACUUUGGUGCCCCAGGUUUUGGUGAGACGGGAGGACAAGCUGUGGCUUGCUGGCAGCUGGCUCAAGCAGGCUGGGCUGAUUCACAGGAGGGCAUGAAGUGUCUUGCCCACCAGGCAGCUGCCGGGAACCAAACCAGCCACAAACCAGGGGAGCCGGGAAGCAGCGUCUGGGAGCACCUGGCCUAGGGUGAACCGAAAUCACAGGAGGGAAGGGAACCAGCCAUGUGCCAGGCUGAGCCAAGGGGAGUCCCGCUCCAGGGAUGUCGCCUCAGCACCGUCCCCAGCUCCUGGCUGGCUGGGUCCAGAACUGUAUCAGCAAAGGGGGCUGGAGUGACUGGCAAGCAGGCCCGGGCUCCCUCUCCCUGCCAGGAGCCCGGGCAGGCCUGGCCUCUCACCCAGAGAGCACUGGGAGUAGGCUCAGCCCCGGGGGCCUGGAGAGCCCUGCAAGGGAUUUGGGGCUCCGGCGGCAGGUGGGACUGUGCUUUAUUGGUUUAAAAUGGCUCUGAUGCCCGAAGUCCCUCCCUGAACCCUGCCACAUCAUUCCCCUCGGGCAGGGCCUGGGCUCCGUUAAAGUGAGGUUUGGCCGCAGUGUGGGGCUGCCCUCUGCGGGAGGGGCAGCGGGUCUGCCGAGGGGGACCCGGGGCAUCCCCCACAAGGGUGGGGGGGGAUCCCCGGGGCAGUGGGCAGACACCUGCAUCCUGUGAAGGGAGUAGCACAGAGCCGGGAGCAAGGCAGGCACCAGGCCCUAGCUGGCCACCCAUCCCAGCAGGGACCAGAUCCAGCCCUGCUGCGAGUGCAGAGAGCUCCCGUCCCCAGCCAUGGCCCUGCGGCGCUCUCUGAGCAGGUCCGUUUUAUAACUGGGUGGUUUCUCCUCAACCCAGGCUCCUUCCUGCUACCCAGCCCUUUCCCUGUAGUGAGCAAGAAGUCAUAAACUGCGGUCUAGCCCAGGGCGGGGGUGGCCCUGGCACGCUGGCUGCAGCAGGAGUUACAGAACCCCUGUCGCAGUGCUAGCGCGCCAUGCUGCACCGCGCGUCCUGCUGCUGCAAGCCCUGAGGCCCUGGGCAGUGGCACCAGGCCCAUAUCACCACUGCUGCCGUCAAGCUGCUGACACGGCGGGGAGAGAGCAGCACCCGCCAGUGGCAGGGCACCACCGUGUCCUUUCCUGCCUGCACAGUGCAGGGCUCCCAGUUAGCUCAGGGCAGGGGCUGCGGCUAGACGCCAGCUCUGCUAGACCCACAUCUGGACAGGGGUACAGAAAAUGCUGCUUGGGAUGGGGAGGCAGCUGAGGUGAGCCCCCUUCCUGCUUAUGGGCUCGUGCAACCCCCUGCCCCAACCGCCCCGAGAGACAGGCCUGUGGGGAGCCAUGCACACACUGGCUUCUGGCCAGAACCUCAAUAGACCCUCCAAACCCCCUCCCAGCCACACCCCGGCGCUGGCAAUGACCGCACAGGGCAUAAAACCUUCUAGGAGACUAACUGCCCCAGCCCCAUCUGCACACGCCCUUCAUCCCUGCCCCUACUCCCCCGUCUGGCCCUGGCCCUGGCCACAGCAUGCAUUCCCUUCGCUGUUGCUUGCCAAAGGCAGACCCACCCCAGACCAGCUCACUCGCAGGCGGUUUCCAGCAGAGCAGCUGCUCCCGGGGCUAACGCUUGACCAAUGACCUAGAAAAAAGGAAUAAAAGACAAUGCGACAAUGGCAUAAAAAGGCUGCGUUUGCUCCAGGACACUGGGUGCUGUUGUAAAGGUCACAGCCAAACAGCUGUUCAUGCUCCGUGCUCAGCCGGCUGCCAGCAGCCAGCCUGCCAAACACUCACCCGGGCAGUGAGCUGGGCACACUCGCUGCUCACAAAGACACUG